GCCUCUCCAAGCUCAGAGUUCAUAGACUGAUGAUCUGUCUUAAUGUGAAUCAAUCUGACUUAUUAUAUAUCAUCUCUGAUUAAAUGAUAGCAGCUUAUGUUUAGAGGGUGUUUUGCAUGAGUUAACUUCAUGCAGGAGAUAGGCAGCUAUGAUUGUAUAUUUUUUUUAAAUAAUUUUGUAGAGUGGAGAUUGAUUAAUUUCGGUUUGACCGUUCAUGCCUACCUUUUCUUAUAAAAAAUGUUUAACUGUGUAUGUCGCUGGUUAUUAUUACAUUAUUACAACUGUAUUAUAAGUAGAACAUAUUAUGUUAGAAACCACACAUUAUUUAGAGCAAAAGUAGUAACAACCUGACAUAGGGAAAGUGAGAAAAAAAUGCUAGGAAAGUAUUCAUACAGUAGCAGAGAAAGAGUACACAAUGGUUGUUUAAUUGAGUAUAUCCACAUUAACAUUCACACUGGUAUUCAGCACAGUAUGAAUGGUCAUGGCCCUAAGACUGAUUGGACUGUACCAGAGUAAGUGACCCUCUGUAAGGCCCCCCUUAGCGUUCUAAAUCUGUAAGUUAAUAUUUGUCUUUAUCCUUUUCUCUAAAAAGUCACUAGUAAUGAGUGUUAAAAACCUGAGCAUUCACAGGGUUGGUGUGAGGAGGGCAGAAGAGGGGAGUGAGGAGAGUUAUUCAGCUCUCCAGACUAAACUGUAUAUCUGACUGUUUGACUGCGAUAAGGCUGUGCUCCAUGCUUCCUCACAGCAGCACUUCCUCUGUCUGUUAGAAAGCUGUUGGGUCAGCAUGCUGCAGAUACAGGGAAGCAGAGGGAGGAGGGCUUUUGGACCAUGUCUAAGGGAAUAGGAUAGUAUAGACAGCCUCAGAUGUUAUUUUGUAUUUGUUUGAUUGUUUUAUAGGGUAGAUCAACUUUAAUAUUGCAGAUAGAUUGUGGAUUCUAUCAAUGUAAUUGUCUGCAUCAUUUCCAAUCACCCAUAUAUUUUGCUUCUUUAUUAUUUUCCCCUAACCCUAUCACCCCUCCACUAACUGGAGUAAACUAAUGUAGGCUUCAACUUCCAGCUUAUACAUACUAUAUACAUUUUACAGACAUGGUAUGUAUAUUUUAUAUUAGUUAUCUUUUUUUUAUCGUUUUUAUUUGUUUUUAGUACCACCCUUCAGCUUCCCUCAACCCCACCCAUUUAUCCCUGAAAACCAUCCACUUUUGAUUUCUAAUUUCCACAUAUUUUAACUGUGCUCUAAUGUUUCAAAGAAGUUCUGAACCUUUCUAUUCUCAUCAUUUCUACAGAUUGUAAAUUAAAGAUGACCAUUUUUACUAAGAGUAUUAUUAUACUGAACAAAAAUAUAAAGGCAACAUUUAAAGUGCUGGUCCCAUGUUUCAUGAGCUGAAAUAAAAAGAUCCCAGAAAUGUUCCAUAAGCACAGAAAGCAUAUUUCUCUCAAAUUCUGUGCACAAAUGUGUUCACAUAUGUUAGUGUUAGUGAGCAUUUCUCAUUUGCCAAGAUAGUCAAUCCACCUGACAGAUGUGGUACAUCAAAAAGAUGAUUAAACAGCAUGAUCAUCACACAGUUGCACCUUGUGCUAGGGACAAUAAAAGGCCACUCUAAAAUGUGCUGUUUUGUCACACAACACAAUACUACAGAUGUCUGAUGUUUUGAGAGAGCGUGCAAUUGGCAUGCUGACUGCAGGAAUGUCCACCAGAGCCGUUGCCAGAUAAUUAAAUGUUAAUUUCUCUACCGUAAGCCGCCUCCAACUUUGUUUUAGAGAAUUUGGCAAUACGUCCAACCGGCCUCACAACUGCAAACCACGUGUAACCACACCUCCACAUCCGGCUUCUUCACCUGUGGGAUCAGCUGACCGGCUGACUACACCGCUCGUGUCGCAUGUGUGAGCGUUGUAAAAUACAUUUAGAAAUCUAUAUUAUAGCAAUAUUCUGGAGAUUAUUUCAUCUUCAAAUAACUGAAAGUGAAAGGUUGUAAUCUGAAUAAAGGGAACAAGGCCAUUUUUUAACAUGGGGUUCGUCAUUCUUACUAAUCUGCUAGAAAACCAUUUAGGACUUAAGUACAACUUUUGUAUGACAGAAUAUUUUUAGUAAGAGGUUCAAUGCUUUAAUAUUUAGUCAUUUCAGCCCUCCCUAUUCAUUAUAUAAAUAGGCCCGUUUAAUUUUGUCUGGUUUGCCGUUCCAAAUAAAGUGGAAUAUUUUUUGCUCUAUAAUUGGAAAAAAAACACAAUUUGCUUGGUCUAGGCAGGGCCAUAAGUAGAUAGGUAAACUGGGAUAUGAUUAAAUAAUGAAUCAGCCUUGAUUCUUGUUUUGACAGUUUGGAAGGAGAUACUCAACAGGAAUAUGUCUCACAUUGUAUCUGUGUAGCAAUAAAAGAUGUGAUCUAAAGAACAGAACAGCAAGACCUAGUGAAUGCGUGGGUUUGUCUUGGUUCAUGUGUGCAAGCAUUUGUGGUUGUGUGUGUGUACAGAACACGUUUCUUUGCACCUAUACUAAACAGGCUAAGAGGGAUUAGGAUAUUUACAUACCAUCUCCUCUUACUUCCUUUCACAUAGAGAUUUGAUACUAGAGAGCUGAGUAACACCCCCACACUCCUACAUCAGGAUACACCUUUACCCUCUAAUUUCUGUCUCUCUCUCUUUCUUCUUCUCUCUCUUUCCUUUUCUCUCUCUGGACGUCCUGCCUAACACCCACUCUGCCCGGCAUGUGGAACUCCACGGCUGUGGCCUUUAAAACGACCCCUGACCAGGCGAAACCAGAAGCCAUGACACAACCCAUGCCAACCAGUCUGAGUGAAACAGCAGACAUGAUAACCCCUGUUGUUUGCGACGUGGAUGAUGGAUACUUUGAUGCCAUACUAGGAGCUGUCAUUGCUGCUGUGGUCCUGGUGCUUCUUUGCUUGGCAGUGGUAGUGAUUCGCUACAUGUACCGGCACAAAGGCACCUACCACACCAAUGAGGCCAAGGGCACCGAGUUUGCCGAAACAGCGGAUGCGGCACUUCGAGGCGACCCGGCUCUGCAGGAUGCCAUGGACGAGAGCAAGAAGGAGUACUUCAUCUGAUCUCAGGAGCGGCACCCCCUGCUGUUUACAAUGAACUUGGUCUGCCAAAAUAAGUGUAUUUUGGGGUUGGAGGAUAGAAAAGCUUGGAGAGGGGGUGAAAAUCGCCUCGCCAUACUGAGGCUCAGAGUGACUGUUCAGACAAUCUACCAAAGAAACAUCAGAUGCAUCUUACAAUAAUAUCAAUUCAGUAUUCUUCCCCCUAUCUGUUUCUCUCUCCUAUACAUUUGGCAUAUCACCAAGCAUAUAUACUUUUCAAAACACUGACUUUGCUAUUAGGAGGCUAUAUUUUUGUCAUGCAGAAGUGGGGAACAGUGAGAAAAAACGCUUCUUAUGAGGAUCUAAGGCACCCAUAUACACCUAUGCCUUCUGUGGAAAAAGCAAGAGUAUUCCUAGAACAGAGUUGUAAGUAAUGGACCCUUCUCAAAAACGUCUAUGAUGAAACUCAAGGAAGUGAAUGGAUGUAGAAUUUCUCUACAAGCUCACAAAACGAACUCUAUUUUCUAAUGGUAUUGAACCCAAAGCAAAAUCAAUUUUGUAAUGAAGAAACCUCUCAAUAAAUAGUAGGAGCAAAACAUGGAACAAAUUAUGUCGAAGGAAGUGACUUUUACUGUACGAAAUGAAUCACCAAUGGGCUCUUACCAAAAUCCUGAAUAUGUCUGGUUGCUCCCGGAAUUACUUUUCAAGAACUUUUGUUUGGAUUGAGAUUGUCAAUUUGUGAGUGUUCAAGGGAAUGCCUUUAGCAAUGGUUAAUAACUAGUUAAUUACAGAUCCAAAGAGAUAAAGUGAGAGCUGAACAACCUAAAACUGCAGGAAGACCUUGCCGGAUGAGGUUAGUUGUGAAUACCAAAGUGAUGCUCUGUCUUAGACAGGGAGGAUCAGGGUUCAAACUGGUUCCUAAUGACAUUUUCUCACUAGUAGCCGAAAAUCUAUUCCAAGUAUAUUGACAUGCUAUUUGGAUAGCCACAGAAAACCAAACAUAUCGUGGUCUUCCCAUCCUGAUUUGGGCUUAAUAAAUUACACUAACUAAAAGUAUUGUGCGGUUUGUGUCCAUAACAUUUUUAGCAUGAACAUUAUAGACCUGACAUUUUUUGGAUUGAUGCAGAAAUCAAUGAUGACUUUGUGAGCACCAGAGGUUCAGGUAUAAAUGUCUAAGGGUGGAUAAGUGUUAUGAUCUGGUCAAGGCCGUAACCAUAUUUGUAGAACUAUUUGUGGGUCUAUUUCUUGGAACACUGUAAUGAUGCUUUUUAAAUUGCCUUGCUAAGGAAAAAUAUUGAAGUACAACUCAUUCAGCUGUAACUGCACUGCCUCAGUAAAACGACAACUGCAAUCAUUGGAUAUGGUUUGUGAUGUUCCGCCAGGAUGAUACUAGACAAAAUGAGAACACCCAAGGAUUUUUUUUUUGUCAAUUAAUUUUAUUGUGGUGGAAAUGGCAACUGAAAAUAAGCCCCCCCCAUGCUCCAAAUCUCGUUUCAAUUCCCCAAACCCUUUUUCUCUUCUCUGCUGGCUUUGAUUAAUGUGAACUUUUCUUUGUCUCCAUGAUUGCCAAGUUCUAAAAGAAUAGAAAGGACCGUUUUCUUGAUUCAAAAAAGAAGGUUUGUUAGAAGGGACAAUGCAAGAUGGCUCCUCUGCAAAUUAUGCUUUGAUAACUAGUGCUGAUGCAAACAAGUAUAAGACACAUACGCAGCAAUGUAAUUAUUCACUCUCCCGAGGGCGGACACUUUUUUUUUAGAUCACACCUUAAAUGUAGUGUAAGACAAUUGCUACCAAAAUGUAUUUAAUCUCUGCUGAAGAUAACGAAAUUCUCUCCAGCUUGUAAUUUCCUAACACAAGAUAAAAAUGAGAAGACUUGUAGUAAGAGGAUGCAUGGCUAUGCCAAGGCAUAGCACUUAACAGAAGCUGUUCCAGAACUGAAGAUACCUUGAUCCCGGGAUUGUGCAUCAUUUGUUUGCUUUUGGCCCUCUUUGCAAUAGUGCAUGUCAUUGACUUUCGCUAUAAGUGUAUUUCAUACAUUAAUAGCAGCUUUCAAACUGAGAGCUCUCUGUAACUACAGUUCAUUUUUGUUUUUUCAUUCUUAACUGACAGGAGACCACUGACAUUGAGAAACAGAGAGGAAAGAUCUGAGCUAGCCUCAGCGGCAGUAAGAAAUACAACUUUACUCUCUGUUUCUUUUGCACUGUGGGAUUACCAGAUUCAAGUUGCAGGAAUGUACUCUUUACGUCCCCUUCACCUUGAAUGUUUUCUCUGUUGAAUUAUUCAUGUUCACGCAUUAUUUUGAAGCUCAAAUGUUUUAUUUAUUUCCACGAGGUAAAUCCAACUAAAAGCAAAUAAAAGGCAUUCUAAGUAAA